CUGAGGUUUAGACUUUAUGAAAUACUAGUCGAUGAACUAAGGACAUUAGUAAAAAAAAACAGGUUCUAGUAUGGCCAAAUUCCAUUCAAAACGUACACUCAAGGAGACACUUAGCAUAGUCAUUGUAGUGAGGGAGGGAUCCAGCACUGUCACCUACUAAAACUUGAGCGACCGGAGUUUAAAAUCACAGGGAGUACUGAGUGCACUCUUCUGAAUUAACAAACCUCUCCAGCACACACGCUACGCAUUUUGUGCUUACAUUAUCAUUGAAUCUGCAGAUGAGUAGCCGGAUGUCAACAUAUACUAACAACCAAUACUCCUGAAACACGCCAUUAUUUUUGAUUCCGUUUCCGACAUCGUCGUCCUUUAUCCCUCUCAGCCAUGACACGACUGAGGUACCCCUCAGAACCUCUCACUUCACAAUUUACAACACAACCAAGAGGGUAAUUGCGUUAAACACUGCUUCUCAUCGCCAACACCAAUGAGUUCAAGCAUCUUUCAUCCUCCAAAUGCACACCUUCUCAGCGACGGGAUUAUUGGGAGUGUGAGUGCACGUACCAAGUCAUAUCGUAGCGCCUUCGACACCCGACAACGCGUCGGUGAACGAGCUAUGUUCACCGCUUCUAAACCGCCUCAGGCUCCAGUUACACAGCCUUUUCCCGAACCGACAGUUGGAACUGCACCUAGUGGAAAACUAUCACCAGAUAUCGGCCUCACCCCAUCGACUGAACGCAAGCGGAAGAUUCAACAGCUCAGUGAGCAGCCAAAGAUCCACUCGUUUACCGCUGGAUCAAACCCGUCAAGUCCUCAAGGAGAAGCACCCGUGACAUGCAUCCAACGAUUCAAACAGAGCAGUACAGUCGAGAAAAUUCAACGAGAACUUCGACGCAGGAAGCAGGCUCGAUACAGGAAGAAACAGUCGGACCACAUGAUGAACCUGGAGAAGGAGAACGAGCAACUGCAGCAGGAGGUUGAGAGACUCAAGCGCCGUCGUUUCUCGACGACAAUGGCUUUUCCUCCACGGGAAAAUUUGUGGAGUGCAGCUCUCGAGUACUUCCGUCUCUUUCGACAUGGCUUACAAGAACCGGAAAUGAUGUCCCUGCUGUCUGGAGAGGAUAAAAUACAGUCGCGAGUCCAGAUGGCAUUCUUCCAAUCCACGAUGGCUCCCGACGUCGUAUUCAACGCUGACCAAGGCAUCGACAAGAUGAUUCAGUACUGGAAUUUUCUCUCAUACGCUUUCAAGGACAUGGAGAUCGAACUCAAGUGCAUGAUGCAGGAGAAUGAAGACUCGUUGGUCGCUACGUCAGUUACCAGCGUCACCAUCAGUGAGCAAACACUCCUUGCAGUCUUCCCUCAUCUGUCCAAUGAAGAUACUCCGGAACUUGAUGAAACGAAAGUUUUACUCCGUCAAGCUCUCGUUAACCAACGGAUCACCAUGCUCGGCUCAAUUCGCUUUGAGUGGGACGCGAUAAAUGGACAAGUGACCAGUGUGUCGAUAGAGUCGGAUAUGUUGACUCCAAUGCUUCAUCUUCUGGGAAACUUGGAAGAUGUGUCUCGAGUGUUUGCGGACGCUCUUCUUUCCCUUGAUUUCCAGUGGAGACCUGGAGCAAAUGAAACUUCUGUUAGCCAUCAGUAA